UUCCGCGCGUCCGCUCCGGCCGGCCCUGCGCCUCCGCCGCGCCCCCGGGAUGUACUCGUCCCCGCUCUGCCUGACCCAGGAUGAGUUCCACCCGUUCAUCGAGGCGCUGCUGCCGCACGUGCGCGCCUUCGCCUACACCUGGUUCAACCUGCAGGCGCGGAAGCGCAAGUACUUCAAGAAGCACGAGAAGCGGAUGUCGAAGGACGAGGAGCGGGCGGUGAAGGACGAGCUGCUGGGCGAGAAGGCCGAGGUGAAGCAGAAGUGGGCGUCGCGGCUGCUGGCCAAGCUGCGCAAGGACAUCCGGCCUGAGUGCCGCGAGGACUUCGUGCUGGCCAUCACCGGCAAGAAGGCGCCGGGCUGCGUGCUCUCCAACCCCGACCAGAAGGGCAAGAUGCGCCGCAUCGACUGCCUGCGCCAGGCCGACAAGGUGUGGCGGCUGGACCUGGUCAUGGUCAUCCUCUUCAAGGGCAUCCCGCUCGAGAGCACCGACGGCGAGCGCCUGGUCAAGGCCGCACAGUGCGGCCACCCGGUGCUCUGCGUGCAGCCGCACCACAUCGGCGUGGCGGUCAAGGAGCUCGACCUCUACCUGGCCUACUUCGUGCGGGAGCGAGACUCUGAGCAGGGCGGCAGCCCCCGCACGGGCAUGGGCUCAGACCAGGAGGACAGCAAGCCCAUCACACUGGACACGACUGAUUUCCAGGAGAGCUUCGUCACCUCGGGAGUGUUCAGUGUCACGGAGCUUAUCCAGGUGUCCCGGACACCCGUGGUGACUGGAACAGGACCUAACUUCUCCCUGGGGGAGCUGCAGGGACACCUAGCCUACGACCUGAACCCAGCCAGCACCGGCAUGAGAAGAACGCUACCCAGCACCUCCUCCAGUGGGAGCAAGCGGCACAAAUCGGGCUCGAUGGAGGAUGACGUGGACACGAGCCCAGGCGGCGAUUACUACACCUCGCCCACUUCUCCCGCGAGUAAUACCCGCAACUGGACGGAGGACAUGGAAGGAGGCAUCUCAUCCCCGGUGAAGAAGACAGAAAUGGACAAGUCCCCGUUCAACAGCCCAUCACCCCAGGAUUCACCGCGCCUCUCCAGCUUCACCCAGCACCACCGGCCCGUCAUUGCCGUGCACAGCGGAAUCGCCCGGAGUCCUCACCCCUCCUCAGCUCUGCACUUCCCCACCACGUCCAUCCUGCCCCAGACGGCCUCUACCUACUUCCCGCACACGGCCAUCCGCUACCCGCCUCAUCUCAACCCCCAGGACCCGCUCAAAGAUCUCGUCUCCCUGGCCUGCGACCCGGCCAGCCAGCAGCCUGGACCGCCUACUCUCCGCCCGGCACGUCCCCUGCAAACCGUUCCUUUAUGGGAUUAGCACCGAGGCAGCCAGCGGGCACUUAUCAGGCACAGUCCUGGUAUCUGGGAUAGCCAAGGCCUCCUUCCCACGCCCCUCCUCCUUCAUCCCAGGACCCCGCGAGGGCUGUCCAGCCGGCCACCGGCCUGCCUUCUCGGUGGAAAGUUCGAGCAAGCGAGAACACCACUGACCCCCAGGCC